CGAUGUCACGAAAGAAAGGUGAAGUGUAGCGGUGGCCGUCAGUGCCAAAACUGUCAGCAAUCUGACAAGGCGGACGAGUGCUCGUUUCCGCAAAGGAAUAGGACUGUAAAGGUUCCGCAAAGUUUACUUGAUGAACUGUUCCAGGAGAUUGGUAGACUGAGGCGACAGAAUGCCCCUCACCCACUUCAGUCACCCAUAGACCUUCAGCCAGAACCACCUGCAGAAUCCGCGGAAAGCGAACCAAUUCCAGCAAUCAGUAUUGAUCAAUGGUUCGACAGUUUGAAUGUCUUCAGAAGCCCUGUCCUCAUCGGCGAGGCUGCCGACGCCGCUUUCGCAACUCGGUUUCGCCAGGUCAUCACGGACCCGUCAGCUCCCGAGCCUAUCCACCUCCUACGCUUGGAUUAUGCAUCCAACGAGUCCAUGAUGUCGUUGGCUGAUGUCAACACACCUUGGCCUGGGCCUUCCCGCGCCAAAUCCUUGCUCGAGGCCGCCAUGAUAUACAUUGGUCGCUCAUAUCACGUCAUGGAAGCACGCGUAAUUACAGAAAGCUGGAAACAGCACAGCCAUGACGCGAACCAGGAGGCCAUAACCCUUCGGUGUAGAACUUGGGCCUUAUUUGCGAUCGGGGAGCUUUACAUCUCCAAUUCCACCGGUGUCCACGGUUUCCCUGGAAUGGCAUACUUUGCUCAAGCAUCUAAGGCUUUGGGAUAUCCUGACGAGCGCCCCGAGGUCGACUCAGUUGAGCUUUACCUUCUCUUGGCUUUCUACUCUAUGGCUCUGAACCGACGAUAUAGUGCGUACGUUUUCGCGGGUACUGCCGUUCGUGUUGCAGUUGUCAUCGGCCUGCACCUUAACAUUCCGGAGUCUCAAUUACCAGACCCCAUGAUUCGCCAACAUCGGAAGUGCCUCUUUUGGACUGCAUAUAUUAUAGACCGACUCUGUGCUGCGAACCUCAACCACCCACCGGCAAUUCGAGAUGAUGACAUUGGCGUUGACCUUCCUUGCGAGCCAUCUACUUCGAGUUCGACCGAUAGCUAUGGUGACUCCGAUUACCAUGUUGCUAAUAUCAAACUAGCUGGUCUAUUAACUUCCAUAAUCCGAUCUGUCUACAGCGUCCGAACCCAAGCUGAAGGCACAUGCGCGAACCUUUCGAGCCGCGUACAAGGCUGUCUCAAAGAUCUCCAGUGCUGGUUCGAAACCUUACCUCGUUCGUUACAGAUAGGAGACAAAUCUUUGAACGAGCCACAUGAUCACAAAGUUGUCUCUCUCCAUCUGCGUUUCUACCAGUGUGUGAUUUUGGCUACUCGACCACUUUUACUACACGCCUUGCGAAUUCAGGUCGCAAGCUCACGUUCCGGCCCAUCUCCAGCAUCAUUCAGGAUCCCUCCCGAUGCGACAGCACUUUCACAGGCAUGCAUACGGUGCGCUCAUCAGUCUACAAGACUGCUCACACGAGCGUGGAUCGAUGGGACCUUUGUGACUUUUGAUUGCUUCUUCACGCAACACCUCUUUUCUUCAUUAACGAUCCUCGCCAUUUCGAGUCUCUUGGACGGAGUAGGCAGUCGACAUGAUCGGGAUUCUUACGAGGAGGCAUCUCGUCUGCUUGACCAACUAAAGAUGGCUGGGAACAUGGUGGCCCAGGAAUAUAGUCGCCAUGUUGAAGUGAUGGAGUCGACGAUAUUAUGGAUUAGGGGGCCUUGCGACGAUGUUCUCGCUCAGGAAAUUGAUCCAAACUUACCAGAUGGGGCAGUGCCAGCAGCAGGUGUGCCUUUGCCAGAGCCGUCGUUGCAAGAGCUGUUGUCCCAACCAGUGUUAGAUCUUCACUUCUUUGAGGGUGCUGUUCGAGGGGAGCACUCGCAAGGGAUUUACUGGCCAGACAUGCAUGUAGAUAGAUGA